UGUUAAAGUUUAUGUUUAAGCAAUAUAUACUUUAUAUAAGUAUACAGCUUAUGUUUAAGCAAAUGAAAUCGAGUCAUGAGUUAGAAAAUUAUAAAUUUUUCGAGUAUUGAAUGGUUAAAUUCAAAAUGAAGUUUGCUCUUGUAACUGUUGGCACUUCUCUUGCUACAGCAGCUGUAAUUACAAAUGCUUUUGUACAAAAGAAACAGUUUUAUCCAUCAGUAGUUUUCUUAACAAAAUCAAAUUCUAGCUUAGCAGUGUUAUAUGCUCAAGUAUUUGUCCUGCUAUUUUUAAUUGGAAAAGCUCUCCGUAGAAUAUUUUUUGGACAGCUGCGUGCAGCAGAGGUUGAGCAUCUUAUUGAAAAAUUUUGGUAUGUAAUUACUGAAACAUGCUUGGCAUUCACUGUUUUCCGUGAUGAUUUCAGCCCUAAAUUUGUUGCUUUAUUUACAUUUCUACUUUUUAUGAAAGCUUUUCAUUGGUUAAUGGAAGAUCGUGUUGAUUAUAUGGAUCGAACACCAGUUAUAAGUUUUCUAUUCCAUUUGAGAGUAAUAAGUUUAAUGAUGUUAUUGGGCACUCUUGAUUCUGUACUUAUUCAUCAUGCAUUUCGAAUUACACUUUCAAGUGGAGCUUCAGUUCAAAUGGUAUUUGGUUUUGAGGUUAGAUUAUAAUUUUUUGGCCUUUAGUGGUAUAUAUUUUUAUUCAGAA